CAUGCAUAAUGGCGGAAAACUCAAUUUGAGAACAUCUGCAUUUCCAGCAACGAUAGGUAAUUGCGCCGUUUCUUCUUGUUUUUUUGAAGAAGAAGAGGAGAACCCCUGACCAGGCGUCAUUUUGCCUAUAUCGCCCGAGUCACGUAAGUGUAAAAGCUCCAAAACAAAGAAAGAGUGAUAUUGUUUCAAACUACCAUUAUGGCGGAGGAACCGAAUGCGAGCGUUUCCAGCAUUGAUUUGCCUGAGAAUAGAAACCAGCCAUCUCCAGAGCACAGGGCGGGAGAGGAGGGAAACGGGCUACCGUCGUGCAGCUCACAGAGAUAUGGCAACUCGGGCACACCACAAAUAUCUCCUUUGAAGAGGAAACGUGAGAGAGAUGACGAAGACGCCUCUCCAGUUAAGAAGUUGGACACGGAAGAGGGCCACAGUCAGAAAGUGGCGUCGCAUUAUAACACCCUGCAGGAGUGCGGCCUCGCAGCUCGGAGCCAGAGCAGAAUCUUCUACAUGCGCAACUUCAACAACUGGCUGAAGAGUGUGCUCAUCGGUGAGAUUCUGGAUAAGGUGAGACGGAGGACUGGGGAGCUGUCUGUGCUGGACCUGGGCUGUGGCAAAGGGGGAGACCUGCUCAAGUGGAGGAAAGGACGCAUCGACAGGCUGGUGUGUGCAGACAUUGCUGCUGUGUCCGUGGAGCAGUGCCAGCAGCGCUAUGGCGACAUGAAGAGGAAGUGCCGCCCGCACGAGCAGAUCUUCUCCGCAGAGUUUGUCGUUGCCGACUGCACAAAGGAGCUGCUGUCUGAGAAGCUGAAGGACCCAGAGAAGACCUUUGACGUCUGCAGCUGCCAGUUUGUGUACCACUACUCAUUUGAGACGCGGGAGCAGGCGGACAUGAUGCUGCGGAACGCCUGCGAGAGGCUGAGGCCAGGCGGCUACUUCAUCGGCACUACCCCGGACGCCUUCGAGCUUGUGAAACGUCUGGAAGCGUCCGAGGCCAAUUCCUUUGGGAAUGAGGUGUACAGUGUGACGUUUCAGAAGAAGGGAGACUACCCCCUCUUUGGCUGUCAGUACGACUUUAAUCUUGAGGGCGUUGUCAAUGUACCAGAAUUCCUGGUCUACUUUCCACUGUUUGAGGAGAUGGCAAAGAAGUACAACAUGCGCUUGGUCUUCAAAAAGACUUUCCACGAGUUCUUUGAGGAAAAGAUACAGAAUGAGCAACACAAGUUUCUGAUGAAAAAGAUGCAAGCCCUGGAGCAAUACCCAGCAGACGGACGAAACCAGCCCGCGUCGGACAGUGCAGAGGAGUACGAGCACGUUAAGAGGCGGAUAGAUGGUGCUGAUGUGAAAGGCCCUUUGGGUACGUUAAGCAAGUCUGAAUGGGAAGCGACUAGUAUAUACCUGGUUUUUGCCUUUGAGAAAAUGUCCUGAACACCUCUGUGGAAUGCCAGACCUUCAUAUGCACGUCUCUAGGUGGAUUAGGACCAAUGACAGCAGAUGUUUUUUUAGUGUCGUACUGUAGUUUCCCCCCCCCCCCCUCUUUAUUUUGUUAAAGUAACUGUUGUGGUCCCAUUAUUAUUCUUUUUAGAAAUCUCUGCAUCUCAAUAAGCUGCAAUUGUACAUUGUUUAGACAGACAUUAAUGUUGAAUAACAUUUCUGUAUAAUUAAAAGGUGCACUAUUUUUUUUUUUUUUUUUUUUAAAUGGAUGAACAAAUAGGAUUUUUACAAUUUCAGGUAGUUUUUUGUCAUAGUAUUGCUUUAUCCCCCCACCCCAUGGUUUUCUGCCUGCAAUAUGCCCAACUUUAAAGCAAAAUGGUUUCCAUUCACUGUCCAAAGACUGAGCUGAGCAUUGAACUUAACUAAAAAGGAAGAGCUAAACCCUUUGAAGGAUGUUUUCAGACAGUUCUACAACGCUGAAACUUGGGGUACUGAGACAUAAGUUUUCGUUUUUUUUUCCAGUUUUUUCUUUCUUUGAUUUAGACUACCUCCGAUCAAGACGUUAUUUGUGCACACAGGAUUAAUGGCAGAGGGCAAAACUGCUAAUUGGGUGAAUGUAAUAUUUGAAAUGCCGUAAAACGAUUUUGACACCGAGUGAUCUUUCCACGAAUAAAGCAGCUGCUGUCCUCAAGA